UGUGGUGAAUGGCCCCGAUACUUGCCACAUACCGGGGGCGAGAAGUAGCCGUCAGUCCGGGCACGGCUACCUGCUGCAGACCGAGCUUGCGCCGCGUACACCCAUGGGUGUCGCUAAUGUGACCGUCUUCUGCUUUUGGAUUGAAUGUGGACGCUUUGAUCGGUGCAGUUAUUUUCAGAGUCACGCUAUUUCGGACCGAUUGGAAACGUGCAGACUGGUCGGGUAAUUCGGACUGAGGCGCCGCACGGAGCGCUGCAGCAGACACGGUGCCGGAGCAGGAGCAGCAGCAGCAGCGGCGGCGGCAGCAGCAGAGGAGGCACGAAUGUGAUGCCAAAGCUGGCCAGAAAAACAAAGGUUCAAGUCUAGGAAAGAGAACUGUUGGGUGUCCCCUCUGGAGAGGGAUCGGGGCCGUGGUUCCGCACAGCGAAAUGUAGCGCCUCACUGCCCUCAAAGCCGGAUUUGGAGACCUGCCUGCUGUCUGCUCAUGAUUUUUCUGUAGUCUGGUCCAGGGCAUCUGCUGCAGUCAUGUUCAGGAACAGCUUGAAGAUGCUGCUGACGGGGGGGAAGGCCAACCGCAAGAGCCGCAGCAGUGAUGGCGGGAGCGAGGACUUGGCAGACCCCCGCUCGCCCAGUCUAGACCCUCACCUGAGCCACAUCGGCCAAGGUGGCAGCAUAGACAGCGACUGUGCCUUUGAAGGAGACUACGCUGUGCCCCCGCUCUCCAUGACCGAGGGCAUGCAGCACAUUCGCAUAAUGGAGGGCGUGUCACGCUCGUUGCCCUCCUCCCCACUGCUCACCCACCAGACCAUCAGUGUCAGGCUGCAGCCUGUGAAGAAGCUCACAGCCCCUCUGCGGAAAGCAAAGUUUGUGGAGAGCCCUCGCAUUCCACAAUCAGAGCUUGGCUCCCCUACACACACCUCCACCACUGCCAAGAAUCCAGACCUGGACACAUACUGCCCUGGGGAGUCAAGCACGGAGCUGGGCCCCCCUCCGUCGGUGGAUGAGGCAGCCAACACAUUGAUGACGCGCCUGGGUUUCCUUCUGGGAGACAAAGUGAGUGAGGGGCCAGCUGGUACCCAGUACAGCAUGGAGGAACCCGAGGCGAGACAGGGCCAGAACCAGAGGAUCAGCCCGUGCUCCACCCUGACCAGCAGCACUGCCUCCCCCCCUGCAGGCAGCCCCUGCUCCACCCUCCCCCCUGCCAUGCCUGGCCAGGCUGGCAACAAGGACUGUGCCUACGGUUCUGUCACCAGUCCCACCUCAACACUGGAGAGCAGGGACAGCGGGAUUAUCGCUACUUUGACCAGCUAUUCUGAGAACAUGGAGCGAGGCGGCAAAUACGGCGAAGGCUCCCGGGCAAACCUCAAACUGUGGCAGUCCCAGAAAUCAGGCAUGGACUCGUUUCUGUACAGGGUGGAUGAAAAUAUGACAGCCUCCACCUACAGCCUGAACAAAAUCCCCGAGCGAAACCUGGAGAGCAUGUCCUCCCACUCUGCCCAUUCCAUCCCUCUGUACCUCAUGCCCCGCCCUAACUCUGUGGCCGCUACCAGUUCAGCCCACCUGGAGGACCUGGCAUACCUGGAUGAGCAGAGACACACUCCAUUACGCACCUCGCUGCGCAUGCCCAGACAGAGCACCACCUGCGGGCCGGGUCGCUCCGGGCAGGACCUGAGAGUGCGAUUUGCACCCUAUCGGCCUCAAGACAUCGCCCUCAAACCUCUGCUGUUUGAGGUGCCCAGCAUCACCAUGGACUCCGUCUUCACGGGCCGCGAGUGGCUCUUCCAGGAGAUCGAUGCUCACCUCAACAGCCCCAACGGCAGCACCAACCGAGGCGUGGUAGUAGUCGGCAACAUCGGCUUCGGCAAGACCGCGAUCAUCUCUCGCCUGGUGGCGCUCAGCUGCCACGGCACCCGCAUGAGACAGAUCGCCUCAGACAGUCCACAGGCCUCACCCAAACAUGGAGAGGGGCUCCCUCUCACCCAACCCCAGCCCACGCAUGGCACCCUCGGAGGAGGCAGCUGUCCCGGGACUCCUGAGAUGAGGCGACGUCAGGAAGAAGCCAUGAGGAGGCUGGCAUCUCAGGUGGUGGCGUACCACUACUGCCAGGCAGAUAACGCCUACACCUGCUUGGUGCCGGAGUUUGUGCACAAUGUGGCGGCUCUGCUGUGCCGCUCGCCACACCUCGUCGCCUACAGGGAGCAGCUGCUGAGGGAGCCACACCUACAGAGCAUCCUGAGUCUGCGCUCCUGCGUCCAGGACCCCCUGGCCUCCUUCAGGAGGGGGGUCCUAGAGCCCCUGGAUGCACUUUACAAAGAGAGGAAGAUCAACUCUGAGGAGGACCUCAUCAUCCUCAUUGACGGUUUGAAUGAGGCCGAGUUCCACAAGCCUGACUACGGCGACACCAUUGUGUCCUUCCUCACCAAAACCAUCAAUAAGUUCCCUCCCUGGCUCAAACUGGUGGUCACAGUCAGAACCACGUUACAGGAGAUCACCAACGCGCUGCCGUUCCACCGCAUCUCUCUGGACAGCCUGGAGGAAAACGAUGCCAUAGACCAGGACCUGCAGGGAUACAUCCUGCACCGCAUCCACAGCAGCCCAGAGAUCCAGAACAACAUCUCGCUCAACGGCAAGAUGGACAACACCACCUUCGGCAAGCUCAGCACCCACCUCAAGGCCCUGAGUCAGGGCUCCUAUCUGUACCUCAAACUCACCUUUGACCUCAUCGAGAAGGGCUACCUUGUCCUCAAAAGCUCCAGCUAUAAGGUGGUUCCAGUCAACCUCGCAGAGGUGUACCUGCUGCAGUGUAACAUGCGCUUCCCCACGCAGUCAUCGUUCGAGCGGGCGCUUCCUCUGCUCAACGUAGCGGUGGCUUCGCUUCAUCCUCUGACCGAUGAGCAGAUAUAUCAGGCCAUCAACGCUGGUUCACUGCAGGGCACUCUGGACUGGGAGGAUUUCCAGCAACGUGUUGACAACCUGUCAGUCUUCCUGGUGAAGAGGAGGGACGGUACCAGGAUGUUUGUUCACCCAUCCUUUAGGGAGUGGUUGAUCUGGAGAGAAGAGGGUGAAAAGACAAAGUUCCUGUGUGAUCCAAGGAGCGGGCACACCCUACUGGCCUUCUGGUUUUCUCGGCAGGAGAACAAGCUGAACAGACAGCAGACUAUUGAGCUGGGCCAUCACAUCCUCAAAGCACAUAUCUUCAAGGGUCUCAGCAAGAAAGUCGGGGUUUCCUCAUCCAUCUUGCAAGGCCUGUGGGUAUCCUACAGCACAGAGGGCCUUUCAGCUGCACUUUCCUCACUCCGAAACCUCUAUACUCCCAACAUCAAGGUGAGCCGGCUACUGAUGCUGGGUGGUGCCAAUGUGAACUAUCGUACGGAGGUGCUGAACAAUGCCCCUGUCCUGUGUGUCCACUCCCACUUGGGCUACAUGGACAUGGUGGCUCUGCUGCUCGAGUUUGGCGCCUCCGUCGACGCCCCGUCUGAAAGUGGCCUCACACCGCUGGGCUAUGCCGCCGCCGGGGGACACAUGGCCAUUGUGACUGCACUUUGUCGCAGGAGAGCGAAGGUGGACCACUUGGAUAAGAAUGGGCAGUGCGCUCUGGUUCAUGCAGCCCUGAGGGGCCACAUGGAGGUGGUGAAGUUCCUCAUCCAGUGUGACUGGGGCAUGGGGCAACAACAGCAACAACAGUCACCACAGACACAACAACAGGCAGCCUUCACCAAGAGCCACGCAGUCCAGCAGGCCCUCAUUGCUGCGGCCAGUAUGGGAUACACAGAGAUCGUGUCCUACCUGCUGGACCUGCCAGAGAAAGAUGAAGAGGAGGUGGAGAGGGCUCAAAUCAAUAACUUUGACACCCUGUGGGGGGAGACAGCUCUGACCGCAGCCUCUGGUCGGGGGAAGCUGGAGGUUUGUCGUCUGUUACUGGAACAGGGUGCCGCCGUGGCCCAGCCCAACAGACGUGGCAUCAUCCCGCUGUUCAGCGGCGUCCGUCAGGGACACUGGCAGAUCGUGGACCUCCUCCUCACGCACGGAGCAGAUGUCAACCUGGCUGACAAGCAGGGUCGUACCCCUCUAAUGAUGGCCGCCUCGGAGGGACACCUGGGAACUGUGGAGUUUUUACUAGCUCAAGGAGCCUCCCUGUCUCUGAUGGAUAAGGAGGGUCUGACCGCUCUGAGCUGGGCCUGUCUGAAAGGCCAUUUACCUGUCGUCCGCUGUCUGGUAGAAAGUGGAGCCACCACCGACCACACGGACAAGAACGGACGCACGCCGCUCGACCUGGCGGCUUUUUAUGGCGACUCUGAAGUGGUCCAGUUCUUGGUUGACCACGGGGCCAUGAUAGAGCACGUAGACUACAGCGGGAUGCGUCCUCUUGACAGGGCGGUGGGGUGCAGAAACACGUCGGUGGUGGUCGCCCUACUCAAGAAAGGAGCCAAGAUAGGUCCAGCCACAUGGGCCAUGGCCACCUCCAAACCCGACAUCAUGAUCAUCUUACUCAGCAAACUCAUCGAGGAGGGGGACAGCUUCUACAAGAAGGGGAAGGUGAAGGAGGCAGCGCAGCGUUAUCAGUACGCCCUCAAAAAGUUUCCACGCGAAGGCUUCAGCGAGGACCUCAAGACAUUCAGGGAACUCAAAGUAUCGCUCUUCCUCAACUUGUCCCGAUGUCGGAGGAAAAUGAACGACUUUGGGAUGGCUGAGGAGUUUGCUACAAAGGCACUUGAACUGAAACCAAAAUCGUAUGAAGCGUACUAUGCCAGGGCACGCGCCAAGCGUAGCAGCAGACAAUUUCCUGAAGCCUUAGAGGACUUGAAUGAAGCCAUAAAGCAGUGCCCCAACAACCGAGAGAUCCAGCGGCUGCUCCAGAGGGUGGAGGAGGAGUGUCACCAGCUCAACCAGGAGGAGCACCAGCAGCAGGACCUGGAACUGGAGCCUCCGCCCUCCCCUCCUCCUACGCCUCCCCCAGAAGAGGAGGAGUCCCUGUCCCUGUCCCUGUCCAUGCCUCUUCCCCCUCCCCCAGAGCCCCGUCUGGAGGACAUGGAGCCUGUCCAGGACCUGUUUGAGGAUGAGGACUACCUGGAGCAGGAGCUGGAGGCCAUGUCUAUGGGUCUGCCCCCACCUGAUUCUCUGACCAAUCCUUCCAGCCUUCCCAUCAUUCAGAGCCCACCGCUCUCCCCCACUCAUCCAGAUCAGAUCUAUUUAGCAGGAAGUUCGCCCAUGGGCCAGCCCUACGAAUAUCACCCCACCUCCUCCUCCAUGUCCUCUCCAACCCGCGGGACAUACCAGCCCACAUCACCCGCUUUAUCUCCAACACAUCAGAACUCCCACUACCGACAUAGCCCACCUCACACCUCUCCAGUGCAUCAGCCGUCCUACCGCUUCAGCCCACCUCCUAUGGGCACUGGGGGUCAGGGAAUGGAUCACCAGAGCCCACCGCCUUCCCCUUUACGUCGGGCUGCUCAGUACAGAGCCAGUCCACCAGUAGAGAGUGUUUGUUUGUACAGAUCCCAGUCUGGGUCACCUGUGCGCUACCAGACUGAGCAGCUCCCCGGUCGACCCAAAUCUCCCCUCUCUAAGAUGAGCAGCCAGCGUUCAUUCCAGCUGAGCUCACAACCCUCUUUGUCCUCCCAGCACCACCAAGCCCAAGGCCUUCGUCUUCAGCCUUCUAUAGCCCAAAUAGUCCGCACAAACCAGCCCAGCAAUGUGAUGGGGAACAGCAGCUACGGUGGCCAGAUGGGUCACUCCAUGGGUGGUCGCUAUCAAGGGGGUUCAGUGGACGUGGAGAGCCGGCUGGUGUACCAGCCCUCCCUGGAUGGACGGUCCAUGCCCCAGGUACAGGCCAGCCUCAGUUCUGGGGCCCUCUGUCAGCACGGCGGCCGAGGAGGGGUUAUGGAGUCCGGUCUAUUGAAGGAUGAGAUACCCCAGCGCCCCUCCUCUGCCUACCGCGCCAGCAGCGGGGGCCCGGGGGGCAUCCGUUACAGCCAGACACCUCAGAUAAGCCGCAGCCAGUCAGCCGCCUACUACCCAGUCUCGGAACAUGUACUGGAGCGCGCCAAUGCCAUGCCCCCCUGCCAGCUGGGCUCUCCUGAGAUACCCCACAUGGUGAGACGCCCCGUCAGUGCCAAUACUACUGAGAUAAAGCAGCAUGUGCCCACCCCCAGGCCUCUCAUCCAUUCUCAGAGCGUAGGCCUUCGAUUCUCCCCCUCCAGCAACAACAUCUCAACUGGAUCCACCUCAAAUUUAGCGCCAGGAUUCAGGCCUUCCUCUUCCAUUCAGCAGAUGGAGAUCCCACUACAAGCCACAUAUGAGCGUACCUGUGAUGACAUCUCUCCCAUCUCUCCCUCUCAGGGUGGCGGGGGGCUUUAUCAGGGCGAGACCACCCGCUCUCGGAACACACCCUUCAUGGGCAUCAUAGACAAGACGGCGCGGACUCAGCAGUACCUGCAUCAGCCCUCGCGGUCCAGGCCCAUGGCGUCCAUGGACUCUGCCAUUAGCCCCACCUCGCCUGGCCAGCUGGUCCAGCAAGGCUCCACCUACAGCCCCCCCGCCUCACUGGGCAAUAUCGCCUACUACAACAAGACCAACAACGCCCAAAAUGGACACCUGUUGGAGGAGGACUAUUACUCCCAGACCCAGCCCCCCUCACUGGGCAAAAUGGCUAACGGCUCCCGUGGCAGUGGGGACAUCCUGGAGCGGGUCAGCCAGGUGCCCACUUACCCAGAUGUGAAGGUGGCGAGGACUCUGCCCGUGGCACAGGCCUACCAGGACAACAUGUACCGCCAGCUCUCGCGUGACUCCCGCACCCAAGGCCCCACCUCCCCCAUCAAACCAAAGAGACCAUUUGUGGAGUCAAAUGUGUGAUGGCCUGUCUGUGACUGGUUGGUUGAUAGUGGGAGUUAGAGGAGAAAAAUAUUUAGCUCAACAGCAGAUGCUGCUGACCCUUGUAUAUGUGACAUGGACAAACUUGUCUUAAAGAACUCAUGAGAGACAGAUCCAGUCAGAGAGAAAACCACACAGCCGGCACACAAACUUAGGGUAUUAGACAUUAUCUUAUAUGAAAAACAUAACUAACAGUGAAGCGAUUAUUUCAUUAUCAUAUUCUGCACACAGGUAGGAUAACAGGAGGGUCUUAAGUUCUGAUCUCACAUUGAAUCAAAGACCAGUGCACUUCCAAAACUUUGUGUGGCACAAAGUUCCCACAAGUGAACACAACAGGUGGGGACUGUAAGAGUGAAAGUACUAAUCAUCGGACUCUACUUGUGGACUCUGUAUCCAUCUUCUGUUCUUUCAAAGUGUGCUCUUAACCAAGGUUGCUAGUAGGCUCUAUUCUAUGUAAUACAAUAUUAUAUGUUCAAUACUGUACAUUGCUCAGAAAAUACAAAUGGCUCAACAACUCAGUACUUAGAGAAAAAUGACAAUAUUUAUAAUUAAGUUAUAUAUUGUACAUAGAAAUAAAACAAAACAUAGUUUGCGUUUGAAUUGUAUUCUGUUAACCCUGCCUUUGUGUCCCACUGCUAGUCAUAUGGAUGUGGAAAACCGAUCAGGGUAAGAAAGGAGGGACACAGACCAACUUUGAAUGAUAAUAUUACCUCUAUUGUGUCAAAAUAAAAAAAAGUUUUGUGGUGGUAUAAUGCAAGAGAAUGCUUUUUAUGCUGCAAUACGUCAUCAGUGAUGUAACCUAGGGCUGCAAUUAAGGAUUAUUUUCAUUAUGCAUUACUCUGCAGAUUAUUUUUCAUUUAAUCUUUUUUUUUUUUGGUAAAAUGUCAGAUAUUGGUAAAAUAUACCCAGUAUAAUUUGAUCAAUAUUUUCAAACGUUGACGAGUAGUCCACUUUCACUUUAUAAUGUUUUAAACAGAAAAAGCAUUAGAGCCAGUGAUUUAUUUAUUUUUUGCUAGAAAAAUGACUGAAAUUAUCAAUUUAUCAUCAAAGUAUUUGCAAUUUAUUUUCUGUCAUUCAACCAGUUUCAGUUCUGAGUUAAUAAGCACAUACACAAUCAAAUCUUACCCUGAAUUAGAAAGUGCUCAUAAAUCUUGAUUUGAGGACAGAUUGCUGCAUUAGACAAAAAAAUAGGCCUUGAGUGCAAUAAAUGUGUUUAUAGGUUGAAUCUUUGGCUACAGAAUCAUUCAAUCAUCUGAAUGACUCUGGUCAAAUCCUGUGGUGGGUGAUUUUUAUCAGGUGGCACAUGAGUAUCAAAGUUCGCCUUUGUCCCUCCUCAGUACGUAAUGACACUGUAUGUUCAUAAGAGAGAGUAGGACGUACAGUACAUAUGCUAGUGAUGGGUUAAUAUGGAUAGUGCUCAGCGACUAAAAGCAAGCAAAUGCAUACACGACCACUGUUAUAGACAUUUCCCUUUCUCCUGCAUUAUUUUGUGCUGUUUCUUUUUACCCACAAUGCAUUUUUAUUCCGCCACCUCUGCACUAAAAAUGCCUGUUAAGUUCUUAACUAAGGGUGCACUUUAUGUAUUUUACUUACUGUGUUGUUAUGAUUGUUGAAUUUGGAGAAAGUGGGUGUGUGAUGGGUCAGACCUCUGGCCAGUGGUACCAGACUAUCAUAGACACUAUUAUUAUAUGAUUUACAAAGCAGUUAUGAAUGACAAUAUGAAGAGCAAACAAUGUUUUUAAACUGGUGAAGAUGUAUAGACUUUCUAGCACAAGUUGUACAUACUGGCUCAGAUAUUCCACUCCGUUCAGCUCGGGUUUGUUAGUUAAGCAAGUUUGUUUCAAGAGGCCGAUCAUAUUUAAGUAUUCAUAAAAAAAUAUCCAUUCAAUUCCUCUAACUGCAAAUCAGCCAGGCUAACCAGCUGGUCCUGCACACGUCUUGAAAAUAAUAAUCUACUGCAAGAAAAAAAACUACAAAAAAAAAAAAAAAAAAGACUGACAUUUCAGAAACCCAGAAACUCCAUAUUUGGAGUUUGACUGAGAAAGUGAAAUAAUGACAAUAUUAAAGUUAUUUGUAUAUGUGUGAAAAGUUAUGGACCAUUUGUCUGUAACAUUUUAUUUUGGUUCUAGAUAAAGAAUAUCUAAAGAGAGACGGAUCUUCCUGACUGUCUCCUGUUCAUCCUCAGUUUCACCUGCUACCAGAGAGUUGCCCUACUUAUCUUUACAGAAAUGAAGGUAUAAACUGUACCAUACUUAAUUUAAACAAGACUUCUAAGUUGAGGAUAUUUGAGGGUGUAUGGUUUCAAGCUGUCUGUGUAUAUUAGUUUGCUGUAAAUAGUCUGAUGCAUGUUCUAUUCUUUCCAUGAGCUCAAGCAGAAACAUGUAUAGCAGUGUCCUGACUCUGGUGCGUGAUACAGUGUUUGGAUCAAGAUAAGGAGACUGCUAUCCCUGAACUAUCCUUAUCAUUUUCCUUAAACCCUCACCAGACAAAAGGGAAAGGUUCUUUUAUUUUAUUUUAAUGUAUUUGCUUGCUGAGCAGAGUUCUCUUGUCUGUAAAUGUGAGCUUUCAGAUCGCUGUGAUAAAAAGUUUAAUUAAAAACAAUAAAAAGAAUGUGUUUUUAUCUCAUGAUAACUGAUUGUAAUCUGUACAGUCAAACCUAUGUAUUGGGAAAAAAAGAACAUAUUUAUAAAUGGUUACCAACUGAAA